AUGGUAGCCGAGGCCUUGCCCAAAAGCCCUGGAGCUCCACUCGUACUUGGACUCCAACCAGCCGCUCUCAUCGAUAACGUCGCUCCCGUCGAUUGCUCUUUACUCGAUCAAAUUCCCGGUGAUCGCGGUGGCUCCAUUCCGGUGCAAAAGGAUGAGUUAGAGCACAUACUGAAAGAGCUUAAGACUCAUAUUAGUGCUGUUCCAUUGAAGAAGAUGGCUGGAGGAAGUGUGGCUAACACAGUUCGAGGCUUGAGUGUUGGAUUCGGUGUAGCGACGGGGAUAAUAGGGGCUUAUGGAGACGAUGAACAAGGACAGUUAUUUGUGAGCAAUAUGGGUUUUAGUGGUGUGAGUAUCUCAAGGUUGAGAAAGAAGAAGGGUUCCACUGGUCAAUGUGUUUGCUUGGUUGAUGACUCUGGUAAUCGAACAAUGCGACCAUGUCUCUCCAGUGCUGUGAAGAUUCAGGCUGAUGAGUUGAACAAAGAAGAUUUCACAGGCUCUAAGUGGUUGGUGGUAAGAUAUGCAGCUCUUGAUUUACAAUUAAUUCAAACAGCCAUUCGAAUUGCCAAGCAAGAAGGUCUUUCUGUUUCGUUGGAUUUAGCUAGUUUUGAGAUGGUCCGGAAUUAUAGAUCAGAGCUUAGACAGCUUCUGGAGUCUGGUAACAUAGAUCUUUGCUUUGCUAACGAGGACGAAGCAGCAGAGCUGCUGAGGGGUGAGCAAGAACCUUGCCCGGAGGCUGCGCUUGAGUACCUAAGCAGACAUUGCAGAUGGGCUGUGGUAACUUUAGGGGCUAAAGGUUGCAUUGCAAAACAUGAUAAAGAGGUGGUACAAGUGCUGGCCAUAGGAGAGUCAGUAGCAACUGACGCCACAGGAGCGGGUGACCUAUUCGCAAGCGGGUUUCUGUACGGAUUAAUAAAGGGAUUGUCUUUGGAAGAAUGUUGCAAGGUAGGAUCAUGCAGUGGUGGAUCAGUCAUCCGUGCUCUAGGAGGUGAAGUAACCCCAGAAAACUGGCAAUGGAUGCACAAACAGUUGCAGUUGAAGGACUUACCUGUUCCUGACAUUCGCAACUGA